CUUAAGUGCGGGGAAAGCCGGAAGUGGUGGGCGGGGCCGCACAGACCCCACCCACUCCAGGAUGGAAACGGAAGAGGUACCUCAAGACAGGGCUUCUCUAGGCGAUGGUGUGGUUUGUACUCUAUGUUGCCGGUCGGACGCAUGCGCUGCUUGGGAGGGCAGCUGGAGAGCGUCGGAGUGCUGCUGGAGGGAGAGCCGCUAGUAGCACCUGUGCCCAGGUGGGUGAGGGGCGGGGGAGCUGGAUUCGUGGAGGCGCACUGGAGCUGCGGGAGAAGGGAAGCAGUUCAUCGCAGCUUCAGUCUUGGACUGUUCAGCCAUCUUUUGAAGUGAUUCCAGCUCAGCCACAGCUAGUGUUUCUUCAUUCAGCCAUCUCCCCUCCCAUUAACCCUCACCUUCUUGGUGAAAAGAGAAGUGACUCUACUAAUUACCUGCCCAUCCUGAACUCCUGCGCAAAGACGACAACACAUCCCAGCAAAAGAGAUCGUGUCUGGGAACUGGAGGAAAGAGGGAGAACCAGUGGACAGAAAUGGCUUUGCACAGAUACUGCUAUGUCCAAUAAGACUAGUUUAUUGCCCUCUAGUGCUUGCCCUCAAGUAUCACCUGACUCUACUGGUCAGGACUCUACUCAGCAGAGUUCUCCAGCUUUGAUGGCAGAUGGAAAAAUGUCAACUAUUGAUGGCUUUCAGUAUAUUUCUACUGCCAAAUAGAAGGCCCCAGGUUUGAUUCCCUUUUCCCCUGCUGGACUCCUCCAGAUAUCAGACUGCAAAUCUCCUGAGAUGGAGAAUCCAGUACAUCAUAUGGUGCAAUUAGCAACCUGCAGCCCACCUUUGGCAGCCGAAGAACAUUAUACUACUCCUGAGCUAUUGUUGCAGCAGCAACGCAAGCACAGGCGCUUUCAAAAUACCUUUGUUGUGCUGCACAGGUCUGGAUUGCUGGAGAUCACCUUGAAAACCAAGGAACUGAUUCAUCAGAACCAGGUAACCCAAAUUGAACUGGACCAACUGAAGAAGCAAACACAAUUGUUCACGCAGGCAAUAAAGAGCAAUGCUCCUCAGGCCUGGGCAGAGCUAGAGGCAUCCCUAACAGGGUCAGAUAAAGCUAACAGCAGCCUUGAGGCUUCUCCUACAUAUCCCAACAUGUAGCGCAAAAGAUAUAUAGCUGGUCAAGUGAUUAGAGUGCCUCUCUUCCCGUGUCUCAGGCUUUGACAAGAGCAUUUUCUAAGUUGAGACUACUUUUAAAACUCAUUCACAAAGCAGCAUGCCAUUAAUAAAUUGUCCCAAAUGUAAGUUGUGAGACUGGCACAAUGGGAGGCAUAGGCGGGAAUUUGUACUGCUUCAUGUGACCUGGAAUUGAGUAACUGUGCUCUUCUUUGGGCCAUGAAGGUGUGAAAGUGCUAUGAUAUGAUGUGUUCCUAUUCUUAUGAUGGAGAACAUUGCAAAUGUCUCUUUCCUGGCAAGCACCUUUUUUCACCCCCUGUCUCCAGGCAGCCAAUUCACAGAAUGGGACAAAAGACCUGGUCUAGUGUAGCCGCUUAUGAAUUGAUAGGGAGAGAGGAAACUUGAUGGGUAACAUGGUAUCUCUGGCUUUGUGUCAAUACUCUGAAGACACAAGGUGGCCUUGCUUUUGGAUAAUCACCACAUUGAACAAAUGGAGAUCAGCUUGCAUCAAAGCUGCACUCCAUACGUUGAAUUGCUUGAGCAAAGAGGGGGCGGGGAAGUGAGGGAUGUGAUAUCAGCCUGCCUAUUUUAAUUUCUUUUAAGUUGAGAGCUGGGUGAAAGUUUGACACUAGAUCUGCACUGGAAGUGUCUAUUCCAAAGCAGGUUUAUUUGUACUGUCCAUUAACAGCUAACAGCUGUUCUAAGCAAGGUGGCUUUGGAUUUCCCAAGUAUGCAAUGAGUUAAACACUGACCGUUACUUUAAAAAACAAAAAAAAGCUAAGUGAUAUUUUUUAAAUGCGUUACAAUGAAGAUUUGUAGAUUCCAAGGCCAGAAGGGACCAUUGUGAUCAACUACUAUGACUUCCUGUAUAUCAUAGGCUAUAGAACUUCCCCAAAAUAUGUUCCUCGCUAGACAGCUAGCAAGACCAGCUAUGCACCCAUUGGUCUUUAUCCAGUUUAGGAGAGACUCUCUUCUGGAUGUAAAAUCAGCUUGCUGAGUUUAAAGAAGGGGGGGGGGAAAUGGUUGUACAGGUCCUAGAGUGAAGCAAGCCUUGUUUUUCUUUUUAUGAGAAACAUCUGAAUGUAUCACUAGAAAAGACUCUGGUCACCUUGGUGACAUCUUUCCAAGAAUAUGACGAACACUGUUUAAUGUUCUCCUCAGUAUGAGUAUUAUCAUUCGCAACUUGAUUGUCUUGAAACAUGCACUUACACACUGAUGCUGGUAGAGGCAUUAGACCUUAGUGUUAGCUGUGCCCGACAAUCUUGUUUCAAAAGCUGUUCUACAGACACGUUCAUAUUGUUUGAAUUUGACUUGUCAUUCUCCUUUUUAUUCCCUUCAACUUGAGCCAUGUCUUUCAAAUACUCCUCUGUAUAAGGAGAUUUAAAAUAUGGUCAUCUAAGAAUGAAGUGAACAGUUUCUCCCAUUCUAAAUUAUAUGAUUGGAGUCUGAUCCCUUUGGUUUGACAGUGUUUUUCAAGCAAAACUUGCAUUUCAUGUGAUCAAGUAUUGCCUGGACAUUCUUACAUUCCCGUAUAUAUUUCAGUUUCUCAAAAAGAAACCUAAAAGCUUUCCAGUUAGAAAGUUUGAGUUGGCCUUUUGUCUUUAAAUUCAGUGAUGUGACCCUUUCAUCCUUCUGAUGGUCUCAAAUGAACAUUGCAGGAGGUCCUAAAGAAUUCACCUACAGCAUUACUGUAACAAAUGCCUUAGGAAACUUUGGAGGUAGGAGAAGAGUCUUCCCUUUUCAGCGCCUUACUUAGCUCGCUGAAAAGGAGUUGCAUACAUGCCUCAAGAAGAGAUGGAACAUGAAAGUCAGACUUGGACUGACCUCUGGAGCUAGAGAGAGAUUUCCCUCAAAACCCAACUGAAUAGUAGCUGAUUAAGCACCAUCCCAGCUGUGGGGUAGAGCACCACCAAAGAAAGCAGGGGGAAGGGGGCAGUGGAUGGGAAUUUGGCCAAAAUCUUAUGUGGGUUUCCUGUGUUGCUUCAUAUCUGAAGUUAGCUUGCUACUGUUAACACAUAACAUAGUGUCACCAAAUUCAAACAAAAGGCUGCAUAUGGCAGAAGGGCAUCACACAUUCUGGCCCAAACACUGAGACAUUUGAGCCUGCUAGAGAAUCAUAACAAAGUUACUGCAGUGGAGCUUCCAACCCCCUUAUUGAAAGGGAGUAAAGGUUAUUCCCUUGAUCUGAGUGAUACAGGUGUUUGGGAUUGUGGAGAGGGGAAUAGACAUGUGAGCCACCUAGUCCUAUCCUCAGAAGUCCCUUCUCUUUCCUUGGAAGCUCUGCUUCUCCCAUCUGAGGCUGUGGAGAAUCUUAAUAAAUAGGGUCUGAAUUUAGGAAUGACUGUUCUAGAACGUGAAGUGAUGGAUCUAGAAUUAAUGAUGGACAUUUUAGAGAUGAAGAGGAAUGAAGGGGGGGAUGAUAGAAAUUCAGUCCCAGAUGAUUGAAGGGAAGAGAGGGAGGCUCCCACUUGCUCCUCUCUGGUGGAGCAGAGAGGGCAGAAAAUUACCCUAACAGGAUAUAGUGUACUUCCUGAUGUAGGAAAACCCUGGACAGUGUAAAUCUGCUGUAGUUCACACAACAUCACAGGCUCUGUCACGAAGGGUGGGCUAAAAGUGGUAUACUCAGAGCUGGUGGAUCUUUCUAACUAGUGUAGUUUUAUAUAAAAUAUAUGUAAACAUAGUAAAACUGUGAAUGGAAGUUCACCAACUGCUUAGAAAUCAUACUGCUUGUCAGAAUCCCAACUUCUUAUUCAGUAAGUUCUGAAUUAGGAAAAUCUUCUUCAAAGCUACUGAAUAAAUCUGGGGUCAGCUAGGACCCAUGUCCCCAGUUAAAUUAGCAGUUAAGGUCAUUAAAGAAGUAUGCUGG